UUCAGACCUGCUUCGCCUAGAGGCGUUCCCAUAGUGUCGUAACCGACGCAGUUCGAGUUCCCUCGAAGGGGAACUAACAGGCACAGCACAGAAUUGGUGGAGAUAAGGCCUGAUAAUCAGUGAGACUAGGCCUCACUGAUUUCUAAAAAAAAAAAAACUUUAUUCCCUGGUUUUGGUGAAACUGGGUUGGAUUUUAUGCAGAAAAUGUUUUUUUAUGUUUUUCCCUCUGUCCUUGAGCUGCUCUGCCUCAACUUUUGGGGAUUCGUGGUGUAUGUUAGUUACCAUUUACUUCACCCAUUAACUACUGCUAACAAUAGCUGCGACUAGCUAAUAAGCUCACCAAUGACACUAUCAUAAAAUACAGUCUGCAUUAUCAUCUCUAAUUCUUAAUUCUUAUGUAAGUUUUAAGUUUCAUCUUAUUUUUUUUUUUAGCAAAUAUCUCCUUUCCUCUUGCUCACAUUGAAAGUGAAUGCAAUGUAAUCUGGGUUGAAUAAAGCAGUUGUCAUACAUUGUUGGGGAAUUGGGAAUUGUUGGAUCUCGUCCCUGCUCAAUAUAAAACAUGCAAUGAGAGGACUUUUUCAUGGAUUGGUGCUACAUAAAUAAAAGUGAAACUGAAUGCAUUUGAAAUAACACCUGGAUUUUAACAUUUACCUGGGCAGUUAAAACUUCUGAAUUCCAGAGUGAAAACAACAGACUUAAAAUGAAAUAAUGAACUCUAUAUUUAUGUUAAUAUGUAUCUCUAUAAAAACGAAUCCUCUAUUUCAUGAGGACUGAAGAGUCCACACUGUAUUUUAUGUAAGCACCAGUAUUGACUAACAAUUAGAUAAAAUAUGGAUAUAAUGGGUGGUGCCAUCUACUGCAGUGAAGGGCUGAAGGAAUUCCUUUGCUGGGCAGAUCCAUUCUUCAUGUCAACAAUGGAAGCAAAUUCAAAUGGCAUGUUUGCACACACAGAAAAAGAAUGAGAAUGUGUGUUUUUUCAUAGUUUGGGGGUCUUUAGACACACAUUUGUAUCAUAUGGCACAUUUAAUGCUUAAGGUUUCAUGCUGUGUUCUCUAUUUAGAUUAAGAUCCUGCAGUUUAUCAGAGAUGACCUGUUCUCUGGCCUCAGCUCUGAAGUCUGACCCCUCCCAUCUGAGAGAGCUGGACCUGACCGACAACGAGCUGCAGGAUUCAGGAGUGAAGCUGCUGUCUGCUGGACUGGAGAGUCCCCACUGUAGACUGGAGACUCUGAGACUUAGUUGCUGUGAACUGACACAGAUUAGCUGUGCUUCUCUGGCCUCCGCUCUGAAGUCCAACCCCUCCCAUCUGAGAGAGCUGGACCUGAGUAAAAACAAACUGCAGGAUUCAGGAGUGAAGCUGCUGUGUGAUUUUCUGGAGAGUCCACACUGCAGACUGGAGACUCUGAGACUGGUGCUCUGCAGGUUGUCAGACAUCAGCUGUGCUUCUAUGGCCUCAGCUCUGAAGUCCAACCCCUCACAUCUGAGAGAGCUGGACCUGAGUAAAAACAGCCUGCAGGAUUCAGGAGUGAAGCUGCUGUUUGCAGAACUGGAAAGUCCAUACUGCAAAUUGACACUUUGAAAUAGCAGUUAUCUCCGGAUGGUAUCAGAGGGCUGAGGUGUGUUCAGGAGCUGCAGAUGAACUCAACACUUUCUGAGAUUCUGAAUUUUGAACUGGAAUAACACCC